AUGAGAAGCCUUAUUCGCUUCUCAAAAGCUUUGGAUUCUGGAGAUUUGAAUGAUAUUCUGUUGGCUGCGGAAAGCUUGGAAGUCGCUGAAGACUGUGAAUGGCAAAACUCGAUUCUGGCACUUUUUUAUCGAUUUUUGCGAAUUGGCAAAAUGCCGAGAUUUGUGGCGGAAAAUGUUGGGCAGAUUUUGAUGGGGUGAGUUUGAAAAAUUCUGAAUUUUUUGAAACCAAACAUGAAAAUGUUCAAAUUUUGAAGUUUUCAGCACGAAAAAGCUGGAAUUUUCUGAAAUUUUUGAUGCAAAAUAUAGAUUUUUCAGUAAAAUCUGAAAUUUUCGAAUUUCAGCCAUCUUCUCCCUUCAAAUCGCCUCGAAAUUUGCUCAAAAAUCCUCCUCCAACAAAUUCCAUUUUUGACUCAAUUAUCAGCCGAAAAUAUUCUAGAAUUAUCCAAGGAAAAUCUGAAAUUGUCUGAAAAACAAUGUCGCGAAAUAUGUGAGAAAAUUGAGAAUCCGGAGAAAGAAGCUGAAAAUGCUGAAAAUAUUGGAGCAACUCUGAAAGUUUUGAGAAAUUCGGGAUUUAUUGAAAGAAGGUUGGGGAAAAGGGAAAAUCUGAAAUUUUCAGCCAAAAAAAUCAAUUUUUUUCAGAAAACUGGCAAUUUUGCUCCAUUCUCAUCUCGAAUUCUUCUUCCCAAUUUUUCGGAAAAAUUUCGAAAUUCCCGAAAUUUUUCUAAUCGAGUUAGCUGAAUUUGAUCCGGCAAAUCCGAUUUCGGGUGAGUUUUUGUUUUCCGCAAGCUUCCGCGCAGCGGCACGAUCUUCCGCGAACGCGGCCACGUGGAUUGCUACGACGCGGAAGCCUCAGAUGUCUACUGAAUUUUUAUGUUUCCGCCUAUGCGGAAGCUUGCGGAACAAUGUUUUUUUUCCAGAAAUCUGCUCAAAUCAAGAAGCUUCAACUUCUCUAAUUCCCCAAUGUUUUUCCGCGGAAUUCCGCGCGGAAACAGGAAUUUUGAGAUUUUCCGAAUUUCUGAGCUCCUGGAGUUUGUAUAGAGAUGAAGAUGCGCAGAAAUAUUACACGGUAUUUGAGAAAUAUUGUGGGGAUUUGAGGAGAGACGCAGAGAUUUUCGAGGAGAAGAAAAAAUGGAUUGGAAUUCUGGCGGUGAGUUUUUAUAAGCUUUCCGCGUGGCCGCUGAAGCGGAAGCUUGCGGUAGCGAGCGGAGCGAGUGUAAACCGCAAGCUUCCGCGCUAGCGGCACUAUCUUCCGCGUCAGCGGCCACGUGGUUUAUGAUACUAUAAGUUCGCCACGUCAUAGCCAUACACGUGGCCGCUGACGCGGAAGCUUGCGGUUUACACUCGCUUCGCUCGAAAAAUCGAUUUUCUCAUGCCGGAUCUGAAAAUUUCAGUGAAAACCAAGAUACUUUUGAGAUUUUCACUGAAAUUUUGAGAUUCCGCACAGGAAAAUCUAUCGCCAAUUUGUUUUCCGAGCGGAGCGAGUGUAAACCGCAAGGUUCCGCGCUAGCGGCACUAUCUUCCGCGUCAGCGGCCACGUGGUUUAUGAUACUGUAAGUUCGUCACGUCAUAGCCAUCCACGUGGCCGCUGACGCGGAAGCUUGCGGUCAACUCCACCCGAAAAAUCCAAUUUUUUUCAAAGGAUUUCUGGUAUUCUGGAUUUCGUAUGAGCAAUGGUUUGGAUAUUCAGAAGACGCAAAAAAUGAUUGGAUUAUUCAAAAAUACUUGUCAACAAUUUUUCGACCUCCAAAAUCGACCACUUUUUAUUAAGAGGAUUUUGAAGAGAAUUCAGGAGAAGGUGAGCAUUUUGAGCUCAAAUUUGGAUUUUUUGGAGCAUUUUGAGCCCAAAAUCGAUAUUUUCCUUAAAAAUCCCACAUUUCCCCAAAAUUUUCUCCAGAAAACCACUCAAAUUGGCUACGAACCUCAAAUAGUUGCUGUUCUAAUCGACGAAUUUCGCAAAAAUAUUCGAGAAAAAGAAUUUGAAAAUGAAUUGGGCGAAUUUUGGCAUCAAAUCAAUUCGAUAAAAUAUGACAAUAUCUACAAUGCCACGUCAUUUUAUUCAGCACUUUUUAUUUUGGCAAAAAGCCAGGCGAUUUUUAAGUGAGUUUUUAAUUCUUUUAAAUCUCCUAACAAUAAAUUUAAUUUUAGGAUAAAUAAAUCGCUUUGCUCAACAGUUCUCAAUCAAAUAAUCGAACCAAUUCAUCAACAAAUUGUCGAUUUUAAAAAUUUGAAAAAAUCGGAAAAUGAAAAAGAUGAAGCUGAUAAUUUGGGAGAAGAAAUGUUUGAAUAUUUGAUUUUUACAUUGAAAGAUGCUCAAAAUUAUAUUAGAUUGUUUAUUGAAUGA